AUGACGGCCGCUCUGAGGACAGUGUACGCCGCUCUGAUGCUCGUGUCCAGUGUGGCGUGCGUGUGCGGGAACCUCCUCCUCCUGGCGGUGCUUCUGCUCAACAAGGAGCUGCGCUCUGAAACCACGGGUCUCGUCGUGAGCUUCAGCGUCAGCGACCUCGCCCUCGGACUCUCCGCCCUCCCGCUCGCCGCCCACACCAGCCUGACGCGGCCGUCCGGUUACCCCGGCGCCGGCGUCUUCUGUCAGGGCAGCGGCUUCCUCUUCCUGCUGCUGCUCACCUCGUCCAUUCACUCGCUCACCUGGGCCACCGUGGACAAGUUCACUGAGAUCUGUUUCGCCCUCAGCUACAGUCGCAUCUGGACGAGGGGGCGGAGUCGGGCGGUCCUGCUGGCGGUCUGGCUCUUCUGCGUGCUGAACGCAGCGCUGCCCCUGGUGGGCUUCGGCAGCUACGACUACAGCGAGCGGCGUUUCCUGUGCUGCCCGAGCUUCGGGCCGGAGAACUGCGUCUUCGUGUUACUGUGGAUAUCGCUGGGGAUCGCGGCGCCGAUCGUCACCACUUGCUCUCUGUACGGAUACAUGGUGUACACGGCGAGGAAACAGGCACGCAGGGGAACGUUUGUGUGCAAUGAGCUGCACUGCUUCUACGUCCCCGCUAACGUUUACCUGAGGAGCUCUGUGGUCAUGGUCGCCACCUCAGCUUGUCUUCUGCUCUGCUGGACACCCUUCAUCUGUGUGUGUUUGUAUGAGACACUCAGUGGUCAACAGACUCCGCCCCUGACCUGUGCCCUGUCAGUCUGGUUGGUUCUGACCAGCUCCGCCCUCAACUCGUGGAUCACCUGCAUGACGCAGACGUAA